AUGGCUGCCUUUACCGUUGUCAAGAAAGAAGAUUUAGAGGCACAGCAGAAAGAAGAAUCUGUUCAGUCACUUCGUUGUAUCACAUCUGAACUGGGACCUUUGACACAACCGGAUGGAUCAGCAGUUUUCACACAGGGUGACACGACAGCCCUUGCUGCUGUGUAUGGCCCAGCAGAUGUUAAAAUCAGCAAAGAACUUAUCGACAGAGCUACUGUUGAAGUUAUUUACAAGCCGAAAGUUGGCCUGCCUCGACCUGUAGAUCGAAAGCUGGAACGGAUUAUAAAAAAUACCUUGGAGGCAGCAAUUAUGGCUUUAAACCAUCCACGAUCGUUAAUAUCAAUUGUGAUUCAGGAAACUGAGUCUUUGGGUGCAAAUCUUGCGUGUUGUGUGAAUGCUGCAUGUAUGGCCUUGCUGGAUGCUGCAGUCAGCAUGAAUUUCAUGGUUGCAGCUGUGUCAGCGGCAGUAACAGACAAGGGGGAAAUUAUUCUGGACCCUGUAAGCAGAGUUGAAGAUGAGGCUCGAGCCGUGUUGACAUUUGUGUUUGACAGUGUUGAUAAAAAUAUUGUGACGGUUAUCACGUCUGGGCAGUUCAGUCAAGAUGAGUACAAGAAGUGUUUGUAUCUAACAAAACAAGCUUGUGACAAUGUGUUUAGUUUUUACAAGGAUUCAUUAUCGAAGAAAUUAUUGAAGUCGGCAUAA